UGAAGAAAAAAAAUCUCACCGUCGUCGUCGUUGACCCCCGAAUCUCUCUCACCACUGUCCCUCUCUCCUUUUCAAUUUCCUCUGAAUUCUUCACCCAAAACCCUAGAUUCCUUCCUGUCGGUUGCCUCCAUUACCAUCACCUUCACCGUCAACGACCCUCGAUCGAUUUUCGCUAAAAUCCCACCAAAUUCAUCGGAAGCCACCGUGGUCGAGCCCUCGUUUUCCGAUUCCAAACUCGAGAACAAUCUCCGUGAGUAUAAUGUCGAACGAAAGAAGAACUUGAGGAGAAAUCUUAUCCUAUGGAGCACGGGUUGAGCAGAUUCUGAAGGUGGGUCGAAGGUGAUUGAAGGCACCAUCUCUUUCGUGGUGUCUGACGAUAUAAAUGCUCUAGAUUCAAGAGAAGAGGUGGAGCAUGAGGUUGGAAAAUUUCCCGAAACGCUAUUUGAUCGUCUUUUUAACUUUCCUCUGCACCUCUGUGUGUUACAUAGAACGCGUCGGCUUCUCCAUUGCAUACACAGUUGCUGCAGAUGCUGUCGGGAUUAACCAAUCGAGUAAAGGAACCAUACUGUCGACAUUCUUUGUCGGGUAUGCUUGUUCUCAAGUUCCCGGAGGUUGGGCGGCUCAGAAGAUUGGGGGAAGGAAAGUUCUUCUUCUUUCCUUUGUUUUAUGGUCGUCCACUUGUUUUCUGGUUCCUCUUGACCCGAACAGAGUCGGAAUCUUGGUCGGGGCCCGUUUACUCGUCGGCGUUGCCCAAGGGUUUAUCUUCCCCUCGAUCCACACGGUCCUGGCUCAGUGGGUCCCACCUCACGAAAGAUCUAGGUUGGUUUCGAUAACGACAUCGGGAAUGUACCUCGGUGCAGCUAUAGGGAUGUGGCUUCUACCUGCCUUGGUCGAGUUUAGAGGCCCGCAAUCCGUUUUCGUGGCGGAAGCAUUAGCCGGAGUCAUAUGGUCAGUGCUUUGGCUUAGGUAUGCGACCGACCCACCUCGUUCCGAGCAUCCAAAAGCCGCGGCUGCUGGGUUUGGAGGUUCGUUGUUGCCGACAAAUGUAAACCAGAACGGUGGAUUCCAUCCUAAAGCUACCAAUAUCCCGUGGAAGAACAUCAUGCUCAGUCUACCGGUCUGGGCGAUCGUGGUGAACAAUUUCACGUUCCAUUACGCUCUUUACGUGCUAAUGAACUGGCUGCCUACGUAUUUCGAGCUCGGUCUCCAACUCAGCCUUCAGAAAAUGGAUUCAUCGAAGAUGAUGCCUUACCUCAACAUGUUUGCAUUCUCAGUCCUCGGGGGUUUCAUCGCUGACUACUUGAUUACAAAGAGAAUCCUCUCGGUAACCCGAACCCGGAAAUUCUUGAACACAGUUGGGUUUGUAGUUGCUUCUGCAGCUCUAAUGGCGUUGCCACUCUUCAGAACCUCUAAUGGCGUCAUCUUCUGCUCUUCUGUGGCCCUUGGGUUCUUGGCAUUAGGAAGCGCGGGUUUUGCGGUGAACCAUAUGGAUAUCGCCCCGAGAUACGCGGGGAUUGUGAUGGGAGUUUCGAAUACAGCCGGGACCUUGGCCGGAAUCAUAGGUGUCGACCUGACCGGGAAGCUUCUCGAGGCGUCGAAAAUGGUGUACUCCGAUCUGUCGAAUCCAGAGAGCUGGAGGGUCGUGUUCUUCAUUCCGGGGUUGCUCUGUAUAUUCAGCUCCGUCGUGUUUUUGAUAUUCUCGACGGGCGAGAGGAUCUUCGACUGAGGGAAAAAGGUCGAAACUUUCUCCGAGGGUUGGGGAAGGAAUCCGAGGGAGACCGGAAACUAGCCGCUGGGAAGUGCCACUAUCUAUUCAUCAAACCGUUGGGGACAUGGAGGAGAUUGAAGACAACUGUUCUUCCCUUCAGUACAGAUUCAGCAUUUGAGUAGUACAGUCUCUGUCUGAUUCAUGUUCUGGGAGAGAAAAUUCUCGUUCUUGGCCGUUUUAUCUGUUACCCAUUUUGUUUUUUU